AUGGAGCAGUGGGAGCUUCCGGAACUGCGCCCGUUUGUUGGCCAUCAGCUCCCUCCUCCCAGCGGUAAUCCUUUCCCAGAACACAGCGGACUCACACCCACCUCCACCCCGACUCCCGCCAAUUCUGCACGCAGCGGCAACGGUAUCAGCACCCCUACCCGUACCACAGCCGUCAUUUUCAAGCCCUGGAGCCACUACACCUUGGACUCCGUCAAGAAGAGAUACAAGGCCAUGGAACGUGAACUCAACGAUAAUCUUGUGGACGUAGAGAGAGAGAACAAGUGGUAUGCUGAACGCAUCGAGGAGCUGAAGCAGUCUCACAAAUACUUGGCUAGUUUGAAAGAGCUGAAGAGAAAGGUGAAUGAGGCCUAUGAGAGGCGAGGUCGUUUGAUUGAGGAGCAACACAACUGGAAGCGCUUGGUGGAGUCGUUGCAGUCCGAGAGUGUGGACGAUGGGGCGAAGAUGGCAUCGGAGGACUCCGAGUCUCCCGCUGAGGAUGACUCUGAAAACGAGUCUGAGCAUGAGUCUCAGAACGAGUCUGACUAUGACUUUAACGAUGGCUCUGAGGAGGAGUCUGAGGGUGACUCUGAGGAUGAGAUUGGAAAAGGAAUCGGAGAGGAUGAUGAGGUUUAG